AUGGCAGGAGGAUCUUUUGUAGCCGAGAGAGGCCAUGGAGGAGACUACGAAGAAGGCCGUGUUACUGCUUUUGUCGUGAUUACCUGCAUUGUGGCUGCAAUGGGCGGUCUUCUCUUCGGUUACGAUAUCGGUAUCUCAGGAGGAGUGACAUCAAUGGAGGAGUUUCUAACGAGAUUCUUCCCCGACGUGCUUCGUCAAAUGCAGAACGAAACAAGGCACGAAACAGAGUAUUGCAAAUUCGACAAUGAGCUUCUCACUCUCUUCACCUCCUCUCUCUACCUCGCAGCUCUAUUCGCCUCUUUCCUCGCUUCAACAGUCACACGGCUUUUCGGCCGGAAAAUCUCAAUGACGAUCGGAAGUCUCUCUUUUCUCUCCGGAGCUCUUCUCAACGGUUUUGCUAUCAACCUCGAGAUGUUGAUCAUCGGGAGGUUACUUCUCGGUGUAGGCGUCGGAUUCGCUAACCAAUCUGUUCCUCUUUACCUCUCUGAGAUGGCUCCUGCUAAGAUCAGAGGAGCUCUCAACAUCGGUUUCCAAUUAGCAAUCACGAUCGGGAUCUUAGCAGCGAACCUUGUCAACUACGCGACGCAGAAGCUCACGAACGGGAUCGGGUGGAGAUUCUCUCUCGGUUUAGCUGGUAUCCCUGCUGCUUUAAUGCUCGUCGGAUCUUUUCUCUUGCCAGAGACGCCAAACUCAAUCCUCGAACGUGGAAACAAAGAAGAGGCUAAGAACAUACUACAAAAGAUCAGAGGAACCAUGGAGGUUGAUCAUGAGUUUAUGGAUCUUUGCAACGCGAGUGAAACGGCAAAGAGAGUUAAGCGUCCAUGGAUGAACAUAAUGCAAGCUCGUUAUAGACCGCAGCUUAUAUUCUGCAUCUUUAUACCAUUCUUCCAGCAGAUGACCGGGAUUAAUGUCAUCAUGUUCUAUGCACCUGUCUUGUUUAAGACCAUCGGUUUUGGAAGCGAAGCCUCUCUCAUAUCGGCAGUGAUUACUGGUCUCGUCAAUGUCGUCUCUACGAUCGUCUCCAUCUACUCUGUCGACAAGUUCGGACGUAGAGCUCUGUUUCUUGUAGGCGGUGUCCAGAUAAUGUUGACCCAGAUCGCAAUUGGUUCGUUGAUCGGGUGGAAAUUCGGAUUGAAUGGAGAAGGGUCCUUGUCACAUGUGGAUGCAGAUAUACUCUUGGCUUUAAUAUGUCUUUACGUGGCGAGUUUUGCGUGGUCGUGGGGACCGUUGGGAUGGUUAGUGCCGAGUGAGAUAUGUCCAUUGGAAAUCAGAUCGGCGGGACAAUCGUUGAACGUUUCGGUGAACAUGUUCUUCACGUUCGUCAUUGGACAGUUUUUCUUGACAAUGCUUUGCCACAUGAAGUUUGGUCUGUUCUACUUCUUCGCCGUCGUGGUCUUGAUCAUGACGGUUUUCGUUUACUUUUUGUUGCCUGAGACGAAAGGAGUUCCGAUUGAGGAUAUGGGGAGACUGUGGAAGGAUCAUAGAUUCUGGGGGAAGUAUACUCUUGAUGUUAAUGGCGAUAAUGAUGAUGAUGAUGAUGUUUAUGUUUUUAAUUUAAAAGCUUGA